UAACAAAAAAACUUAGUCGGCUUAAAGUCGAUUUUAAGCCGCCGUCGACAUAUUUAGUGUCAGUCGUCACCGUCGUUACUAUUUGUUGGCGCAGGGCUCUGGAAUCGGGUGCAAAUUUCAUUCUGCUGGCCACACACAGGAAAAAAAGCGACAAAAAAGGCGUUGAAUACUUUUUCAUUAUAUACGCUUUUAGUUACGGUGUGGAAUAUAAAAUAAACCUUUAAAUAUUUUAAUAAUUAAUAAAAAACAACCAAAUAUAACUUCUAUACUACAAAAUGGCUCCAACAGCAGGAACAGUACCACCACCAAUUUCUUGGGCCCAAAGAAGUGAUCUAUUAUACGUCAUUAUCGAUGUGGAAUGCAAGGAUAUUGAACACAACGUGACAGAAAAUAAUUUUACAUUCAAGGGUACCAAUGCUUUAGAUGCCACUAAAAAAUACGAAGUCACAUUAAAUUUCCUAAAUCCUGUUAAUCCUGAAAAAGUCACAAGUAAAAAUAUUGGCAGAUGUAUUGAAUUUACUAUUUACAAAAAAGAAUCAGGUCCCUUCUGGAAAUCCUUAACCAAUGAUAAAACUAAAUUGCAUUUCCUUAAAGCCAAUUUCACCAAAUGGAAAAAUGAGUCGGAUGAUGAAGAAGAUAAUGGCUCUUCAAAUUUCCUACUUAAUGACAUGCUCGCUGGUUCUGGCAUGGAUAAUAGAUUUGAUGAUUUCAAUGUCGACGAUGACGAUGAUUCAGAUGACAAUAUUCCAAGUCUAUCACAAAACGAUGACGACGAUGAUGACAAAAAGGAUGAGGAAAAGAAGGAUCAAGAAAAAUAGUUUAACAAUUAUUUAGUGUUAAACUCUUUUUAAAAUAUUAAAUAAUUCUCUUAAUAUUAGCAUGAACAUUAAUUGCUUUUUAAACAAAAAACAACAAAAAAUUAAUUUGUAAUAUUCUCUUAUGAAAAUAUUUAAAUUCAAGAAGAUAAAACAAAAUCACACAUUUACACCUUAAACAGAUAAUGUUGACUUCUGGAAAAAAAAAACUAAUAAUAAUAUACACCCCUUGAUUAAUUAAUUAAUGGAGAAGAAAUUAACAAACCUUAUACAAACAAAA